AUGGAGUCCACCACACUGGUUUAUAAUACCACUCCAUGGAUACCACCAGAACCAGAUAUCUGUCACCAUAUUGAUACUAAUUAUAGUAUCGCCCCAGCCAUAAUAGUAGUCAUGUGUUUUAUAUUUGGCAUUGUAUAUACUUUUUUCGGUUAUAGGUUAUUUAAAGCGGUUAUGUUUUUAACUGGUUUUAUAUUCGGCUCUGUGUUAGUUUAUAUGAUCUGUUUGGAGGAGGAACUACUUCCACCAGAAGGCAAUGCUGGUGUAGCUAUAGGAGCUGGAAUAUUGUGUGGACUGAUCACCAUGCUUGUGCAAUACGUGGGACUGUUCUUAACAGGCUUUCAUCUAGGAAUAGCCCUAGCAACAGGAGUAUUGAUAAUCCUGGAACAAUUUCUACAUCCUGAAACAAAAUGGAUUCCAAUCGGAAUCCUGGUUGGUUUGGGAUUAGUUUCGGCAGUGUUAAUUCUGAAAUUCCAGAGAAGCAUGACAAUUUUGGGGACAAGUAUUUUUGGAGGAGCGUUAAUGAUAGCUUGCUUGGACUAUUUUAUCGAACAAUUUCUAAUUGUGUUGUAUGUGUGGGAUCGGGUGAAGGGAGAUGUGUCUGGACCUGUUUGUUGGUACAGCUGGUUAAUUUUAAGCUGCUGGCCGUUUUGUUUUGUGGUGGGAACUAUUACUCAGUGGAAAAUAACUGGGCAGGGCGUGGACCAUCCAUUACAUAUUAAACGAGCAAAGAAAGUAAACCUACAGAAAGCUAGAGCUAAACAGCGUAGAGAUGCUCAACAAUCACGUUAUCGUCAUUUAUAUCAAGUUCGUAGAGUUAAUGGUGAUGUUAUUUCACAGGUAAAGCUUCUCUUAUUUUGCAAUAUUCUGGACCAUUUCCAGCAAUUCAUUUGCCAUCUGUUUCAUGUUAAAUCUCAAAAUUCAACCCUCUGUAACUUUUUCCAGAAAUCUCGUUGA